CCAGGAAACACAAAGCAGCCGCGGGGGUGGGGCUCCUCCUGGGGCCGCUCUCUCGGAAGGAGGCGCGGCGUCGGAGGAGAGGACCCGCCCCGGGCCACCUGAGCCCAGAAGGAGGGUGGAAGCGCCCCUGGGAUGGCAAGCGACAAGGUGAAGAACCUCCAGAGUGAGGUGGAGGGCGUCAAGAACAUCAUGACGCAGAACGUGGAGCGUAUGCUGGCAAGGGGAGAGAACCUGGACCACCUGCGCAACAAGACGGAGGACCUGGAAGCGACGUCGGAACACUUCAAGACAACCUCACAGAAGGUGGCACGCAAGUACUGGUGGAAGAAUGCCAAGAUGAUCAUCAUCAUCUGUGUCAUUGUGGCCAUCAUCCUGAUCUUGAUCAUUCUCUUUGCCACGGGUGUCAUCCCAACCUAACUCUCUUCCUCCUGGCAUUGGAUCUUCUCGGCUCACUCCAACCCUGGCUCCUGUCUGCCCCUGCUUCUCUUAGUCCUCAAAAUUACUAUCGGAACCACAAGGCCCUUGGCUGAGCACAGCCAUCAGGGUCCUUGACUGCUCCUUCAGAACACACAGACACACUCCCCUCCCUAGACUGCCCUUUCCUUCUUCACCAGCUCCUUCUCUCUUUAGCCUCAGGGCAAUAAGAAUCUCUGCCACCAGACCUUAAGAGCUUCGUUUCCACACUCCCUACGUUUCCAAAUUCACCUGGGACUCGCUGACCCCCCCCCCACUCCAGCCUGCAGAUACUGGUGCCAACAACUGUUUGAGAUGCAACUCCUGUUAUCUGUGCUUGGCAGCUGCUAAGAUUCCCUUCCUCUCUCCCUGGAGGGUUCUGAUUCCCAACGUGCCUUUAGCUGCUCCUUCCCAAACAGCCUCCUUGAGGGACCUGGUUGGGUCACUCCCAUCUCCAUUAGGUGACAGUGUUGACGAAGGUUGCUUGGGGGAAGGGAUCAGCGUUCCCUGUUGGCCAGAAUGGGUUUGGGGAGCCCCAGAAGCCCUAUGGGGGAUGCUCCUUGUAUAGAGAUUUUCUUAGUAAUUAAUGUUUGGGGUGGGGAAAUGCCUGUAUUCCCCUUUAAAAGCAGGGGUGGGCAUUGUGAAGGCAUCCAAGUCUCCUGUGAACACUUUGGAGAGGAGACGUUUGUCCACAAGUGGCUUUUAAAAAACCCCAAAACUAUGAGGCAGGUUUGUUUGUUUUUUAAAGGUGCUCUAAGUUUCUGCUUCAUUCACUGUUGUGUAUUUAGUUCCCUUUGACAGCCUUUGCCAGUCAAGUACCCUCCAGGUGUUUUAGGUUACAACUCCCAUCGCUACUGGGGCUGGUACGGGUUUGUGGUCCAAAACAUCUGGAGAAUGCCCGGUUGGCCCAGGCUGCCUUAGAGCUUGAUUCUGAGACAGGCCUUUCUCCUGGGGUGUGCCACCCUGAAUGGCAGAGCACGGGGACCUGCCUCUCUGCCCCUGUUCCUCUGCCUGCCCUGGCCCUCCCUCCAGGCCUUCUGCCUGACUGUGGCCUGUAGGCUUCUGCCUUUCCUGAUCAAGUUCCUUGGAUCUUUGCAGGGUCUCCGCUGUAGCUGAUGGUUUUGUUUUCGUUGUUUCUCCCUGCAUACACAGAUUUGCUCACUGUAAUAAAUGUAUUUAUAAGUAAUUGGCUAAUACAGAAAUCCGUUUAGAAGAA